AUGGUUGCCUCUUUGACAGAGAAAAACAACAACAACAACAACAAGAGCUUAAAGCCGACGAUUUCACGCGCGUUUCGCAUAGCAAAACUAUAUUACGGAAAGCAUUCGACGAGGAAGAAAACGGCUCGAUUGCUGGCGUUGACGUGCGUCUUGGCGUGCGCGUUGACUACUGGUCUCUCCGUCGUGUUUUCAUACGCUCAAAGAGACAUGUCUACUGCGCUCUCGAAUAAAGAUCAAGACGGUUUUUAUAACGCUAUUCAGAGAUAUAUUUAUGUUGUCGUGAUUGCCGCUCCUUUGUUCGCGUUGUACGAUUACGUGAAGUCUUUGAGCGCUUUGCAUUGGCGCAAAUAUAUGACGGAGAAGAUGAUGACGAUGUAUUGCGAACACGACAACUAUUACUCGUUAAAGUUCAAUAACAGCGUGAUAGCCACAGCGAAUCAGAAUAAUGAAGGAUCAGGUGAUGUUCAAAAAGAAGCUACGGUUACUACUUUAGACAAUCCAGAUCAAAGAAUUGGUGAAGACGUUCGCGGUUUCGUUCAUUCGAUGACGACGUUGACGUUAGCAAUCGUGCAUAAAAUUUUCAGCAUGAGCGCCUUCUUCGCCGUUUUAUACCAGAUCUCACCGAAACUCUUAUUCUUUUGCUUUGCGUAUUCUAUGAUUGGAACCUACGUGACGACGGCAGUGUUUGGGGGUAAAUUGAUGCAUUUGCACUUCGAGAUCUUAAAGAAAGAAGCAAACAUGCGUUUUUUUCUCGUCAGAUUACGGGAGCAUGCGGAGUCCAUCGCUUUGUAUAGAGGAGCGAAGAGAGAACUGAAAACAUUAUUACGAACACUUCAACAAGUGAUUAAAAUUCAAAAGGAAAAGAUUGUUUGGAAUAGACAUUUAGAUUUGUUCACAAACGCGUACGAGUUUGCGACGUUUUGUCUUCCUUACUUGAUCAUAGCCCCGCUGUAUUUCAAAGGUGAAGUAGAAUUUGGUGUCGUAACGCAGAGUUCGUACGCAUUCCGAACGAUUCAAAAUGCUUUGAAUAUUAUCGUGAAUCGACUGGAUCAACUUAGCGGUUUAGCUGCAGAGUCCGAACGGAUCGAGCAUUUUCUGAUAUUAUUAGAACGGCAUGAACGGGACGCGGAAGAAAAGAAUGGAGAAAAGAGCAACGUCAUCGAGCGGAGUUUUCUCGAUGACAGUAGAGAGGCGUCGAACCUUUUGCUAUCGUUGCAAAACGUUUCAGUCUCCACUCCAUCGAGAGAAAUGAAUCGAGGGCAACUUUUGUGGACGAAUUUAAACGUCGACAUUGUGCGAAAUGAAAGCGUUGUGAUUACCGGUCCCUCGGGAUGUGGCAAAAGCUCUUUACUUCGCGUUUUAGCCGGACUUUGGAAAAACGGAUCUGGAAAAAUUCUCGUUUCCCGUUUCUCUUCGUUCUUUUUCCUUCCGCAAGUGCCUUUUAUGCCGGUUGGAAGUCUACGAAGUCAGCUCACGUUUCCAAAAGGCGUUCUCGACGUCGAUGAGAACGAAGAGGACGACAAUGCAAAUGCGCUAUCGAAGAAGAAUAGGAUGAAAAUAAACGAUGCGCUCGUGGAAGAAAAUGCGCAUUUGCAAAAUUUGCUAGAUUCUGUAGGUUUAGGUGAUCUCGCUUCGCGAAUGGGAGAUACUUUUGACGACGAUUCUAUCGAAUGGACGGAUGUUCUCAGCGUAGGUGAGCAGCAAAGAAUAGCGUUUGCACGAUUAUUAUACCAGAAGCCCAAACCUACGAUUGUUUUCUUGGACGAAGCGACGUCCGCUUUGGACGAAGUAAGCGAGAAAAAGAUGUACGAGUUAUUAGCGGCAGAGAAGUACACGGUCGUAUCCGUCGGCCACAGAUCUUCGCUCAUGCAAUUUCACUCGCAGCGACUUCGUUUCGUUUCUGGAGACGAGAAGAAAUCACAAGAAGAAACGCAUUCGCAUCGCAUCGGCAAGUUUAUUUUAGAAGAUAUUUAG